UGGAUAUCUCCUCGCAAUCAUGUUAGAUGCGUGUAUGACCGACCCUUGGACCACUCCAUACCUAUGCCUUUGUAUCUUGUUAAUCCCAAUCAUAAGUUCGUACCCGAGGAUAAGAUCACGAGUCGUUCUUUGAGUGUUUGGCGGAUCGUAACCCAGUCCGUUCAAGAGAACAAGCUAUUCACGGCCAUACAAACUCUCAUAAAUGAUAGUCGGAGAGUUACAGAUAAUGGGCAGAUUGCACUAGGGCCACAUUUUCCUGUGUUCAGGGACAUACUGUUUGCGAGCUUGGAUGUAUUUGGUCGCAAUCUGGUGCGAGACAGUCUCGACAUGCAGUAUGCUGAAGAGCACAGCAAGCUGCCGCCGCGCAUCAUGUGCAUCAUGCCGCAGCAGGACAGGCCACCAACGCUUGUGCAGCGCGCCUGUCGCAAAGUGUUCCUUCCACUGGAUCUCUUCUGA